AUGACGAUUCUUUCGAAAGUGCUGAGACCUGGCCGACGCGGUCUACCGGUGGUCGCCUGGUCGACGCCAAGAUUCUUGUCGACUAGCGGCGCUCAACUCGCCAGGAUUUACAACAGCGCUGAAGAGGCCGUCAAAGAUAUUCCCGACAAUGCGAAACUUCUGGUUGGAGGUUUUGGAUUGUGCGGAAUUCCGGAGAAUCUCAUACAGGCGCUUCAGAAAACCGGCCAGAAAGGCCUUACAUGCGUCUCGAACAAUGCGGGAGUUGAUGAUUGGGGAUUGGGAGUUUUGCUCAAAACGAGACAGAUCAAGAAAAUGAUCUCGUCGUAUGUUGGAGAGAACGCGGAAUUUGCUAGACAGUACUUGAGCGGCGAAUUGGAGCUGGAAUUCACGCCACAGGGCACACUCGCCGAGCGAAUUCGAGCCGCCGGCGCCGGAAUUCCGGCGUUCUACACGCCGACCGGCUACGGCACUCAGAUUCAAGAAGGCGGCGCGCCGAUCAAGUACAGUUCGACGAAAAAGGGCGAGAUUGAGGUGGCGAGCACACCGAAAGAAACGCGCCAAUAUAAUGGUGUGAAUUAUGUGCUCGAGGAGGCGAUUUGGGGUGAUUACGCGCUUAUAAAAGCGUGGAGGGCCGACAAAUUGGGCAAUAUCCAAUUCCGUCAUUCGGCCGGAAACUUCAACAAUCCGAUGUGCAAGGCAUCGAAGUGCACAAUCGUUGAGGUCGAAGAGAUCGUCGAGCCCGGCGUGAUACCGCCGAACGACGUGCACAUUCCAUCGAUCUAUUGCCAUCGUUUGGUGCUUGGCAAGAACUACAAGAAGCCGAUUGAGCGGCCGAUGUUCGCGCAAGAAGGUGACGCCGCGAAGGGACCGACGAAAGUUGGAGCGCGUGAGAUUAUUGCGGCGCGCGCCGCUCUCGAAUUUAGAGAUGGCAUGUACGCAAAUCUUGGAAUCGGCAUUCCGACGCUGGCGCCGAAUUAUAUUCCCAAAGGGAUCACGGUGCAUCUGCAGAGCGAGAAUGGAAUCAUUGGAGUCGGACCCUAUCCGCAAAGAGGACAAGAGGACGCCGAUUUGAUCAACGCCGGCAAAGAGCCGAUCACACUUCUCAAAGGCGCCUCGAUUUUCGGAAGCGACGAGUCGUUUGCGAUGAUCCGCGGCUCGCACAUGGAUAUUACUGUGCUUGGAGCGUUGCAGUGCUCGAAGUUUGGCGAUUUGGCGAAUUGGAUGAUUCCCGGAAAACUCGUCAAAGGAAUGGGCGGCGCAAUGGAUUUGGUGUCGGCUCCCGGAGCCCGAGUCAUUGUCGUCAUGGAGCACGUCUCGAAGAACGGCGAGCCGAAAAUUCUCGAUGCUUGCGAACUUCCUCUCACUGGCAAAGGAGUUGUUUCAAGGAUCAUCACCGAUAUGGCGGUCUUUGAUGUUGAUAAGAAGGACGGCCUCACGCUCAUUGAAGUCCGUGAGGAUCUUACUGUAGAGGAUAUCAAGAAGGUGACGGGAUGCGCCUUUAAAGUUUCGAACGAUCUCAAACCUAUGGGUCAAGCGCCACUCAACCAGUAA